AUGGAAGUUCUGAAAGGUGCACAGGCUAUAUUACAAAAGACUACUGAACAAGCCAAAGAGCAACUCAGACUAAAUCGUAAAGUAAUUUACAACCUGAAAAAAGAUUCUUCUGAUAAACUUGAAGCACAACGUCUUGAUGAAUAUGCACUAAGUCUAAAGCCAACUGAUGAAUCGUUGCCUGGAUUUGAUCAACUUCGGAAAAUUGACACUAGAUCAUUUACUCAAGAAGAAUGGCAAAACUUUUCAACGGAGUCAAUUGAAGCUGGAGAUAGACAAUUACAAAAUUCACAUGAAUUACGAAGUCUUAUCGAUGGAAUUAUACAACAAGUUACAGCCGAUAUAAAACGUCAAAUUGAAGUAACAAAUCGUGCUUUAAAAAAGAGAAUAUCAGAAACUAGAAGUUCUAAAGGCAAAUUGGAAGAACAUUUAAGUGCAGUAAUCAAAGAAAUUUCAAAUAUUGAAGAUACUUUAUAUGAGUUGGAUAAAGCAAUUAAAGACAAGGAUGGAACACUUCGUUUAGCUGGAACUCGUUUAGGAAUACGUAAAGAAAGACCAAAUAUUGAGUUGUGCCGUGAUCUAGCAAAUUAUCGAUUAUUGCAAGAAGUUGAUGAGAUUAAACAGGAUAUUGAACAGUUAAAACAACGUUUACAAGCAGCGCAUGCAUCCUUAAAGCCUUAUGUCGUCGUCAAUUAG